AUGAGUUCCUACUUUGUAAAUCCUCUCUUUUCCAAGUACAAAGGCGGUGAAUCGCUGGAGCCAACUUACUACGACUGCAGAUUUCCACAAAGUGUUAGCAGGAGCCAUGCUCUCGUGUAUGGUCCGGGCACUACUGCUCCCACCUUCCAGCACCCUUCACACCACGUCCAAGAGUUUUUCCACCACGGAACCUCCAGCAUCUCCAACUCUGGAUACCAGCAAAACCCAUGCGCCUUGGCGUGUCACGGAGACGCUUCUAAAUUCUAUGGAUAUGAAGCUCUACCGAGGCAAUCGCUUUAUGGUGCUCAGCAAGAGACGACUGUUGUACAAUAUCCUGACUGUAAAUCGUCUUCCAACAGUAACUCUAGCGAGGGACAAGGGCAUUUAAAUCAAAAUUCGUCUCCCAGUCUCAUGUUCCCAUGGAUGAGACCUCACGCUCCCGGAAGACGCAGUGGCAGACAAACUUACAGCCGGUACCAGACCCUGGAGUUAGAAAAGGAGUUCCUCUUCAACCCGUAUUUGACACGGAAGCGGCGGAUUGAGGUCUCUCACGCCCUGGGACUGACCGAGAGACAAGUGAAGAUCUGGUUCCAGAACAGGAGGAUGAAGUGGAAAAAAGAAAACAAUAAAGAUAAGCUGCCGGGGGCCAGGGACGAGGAGAAAACGGAAGAAGAAGGGAAUGAAGAAGAGGAAAAAGAAGAGGAGGAAAAAGAAGAAAGCAAGGACUGAGUUCUCAGCCCCUUGAAGUCUCGUUUUAUGGCAGAUGAUAAAUCGAGAUGUUUACGACGGUCAUUUGCUUUUAUAGAGUAUAGAAUGGAGAGGCUCACACAGCAGUAACUACCUGUCAAACAGUUGUAGCCUUUUUUAUUGUCAUAGAAAC